AACGAUAGGUAACGUUCCGGGUUUAAAUUUCACUUCAAGCCCAGCCUGUGUAUUCCAAAGUACUUAUCACCAACUGACAUCACUACAGAUAUCUGAGAUGAACGGCCUCUUGACGCCCAUCAGCACCUCCCGCCUGAGUGCGAACCCCAACGAAUCUCUGCUCCAGGAAGUUGGCCUCAAAAAGGAAACACUGAAGCCGAACCAAUCUCCUGGUCAGAGGCCCUUGAACUCGCCCGAGGAAGCCCUCGAAGUUUUACGACAUGAACCUAACUACGACCAGCUCGUCGCUACUUUGCGAUUUCUCAGCCAUGAGGAUCUAGCCGGGUCCACAUUCAGCAUCAAGGAACCAAGUCCUAUGACCGCAAAGCUAGUUCAGGUGCUGGUGUCAGAAAUUGUCCCGAACUAUUGGACUUUGCUAAACGAAGACUCCCACGAAACCAAGUUUUCGGCCUUGGGACUCUUGCUAGCUUGUCUUCGCAGUCUGACAGGGGUCAAUGCCAUUAUUGUGCGUCUGAGGGCAUGGUUACAGGAAGCAAAAUCCGGCGAUGGCAAGUCCAAGCGACCGGACAUCGCAAUCAAUCUGGCAGUCCUUCUCAACCUGGUAGGCCUGUUACUAAAAGGCAAUGAUUCCAUACGUGGCAUUUGGAAGUCAGCUACAAGAACACUGAGCGGGAACCUCAACACCAGAAUGCUCUCGCAAGAGAUGCUUUCGACCUUUGGCAGUGGUCGGAUCAUUUCACUGACCGCAGAGGCUAUUGAACAUGCAAAGGGGCACAAGGCAGAAAUCGACCUUAACAACAUCUGGCUAGCAAAUGGGCCAGAAUAUACCAAGUGGUUGAGCCAAAAUAUCGUCAAGUGGCAACUAACCUCGCCGACAUCAGAUGAGACGAAGCUUUGUUCCGAGUUGUUUUUGAAGGCUCUACGACUAGGGCACUCGGAUACGGCCUUGAAAUGUGUCCUUACCAGGUUGCUAAUUGCUCAAAGGGCCGACAAUGAGCGCUUUGGGCUCCUGCUGGGCAAUGUUCCUCGAAGCGAGCAGCGUAAAGUUCUCUUUUCGGUGCUGAAGACCUUCGCCGAGGACUAUCUUAAUCGGUUAGGCACGAGUGAUACCGAAGGCAGCAAUAAAAUGAUAUCCGCAGUGGCUGGUGCAAUCGGCGCAAUUACAAAGAAUGAUCCGGAGAGAGUAGCCUACCUCGUUGAGUGGCUAACAGGUUCGUCUGGCGCUGGACUUGGCGACUCUAUUGGUAUCCGACGAGCGGUGGUGGCAGUCGUCUCUCAGGAUAGAGACUCCAUCGUCAGUGUGCUUGAGAAAAGUAUUGCCCAGAUCGGAGAUCAGCUAUACGUCAAGCACUCUCCUAUAGUACAACAAGAAGUGCAUGCGCAGGUGCUGCUCCUGAGCGCUGGAUACGUCCACAAGGUCUCGCCCUUGAAACUCACACUGCUAAUGAGAUCAAGCCCAUGGCUAAAUGCCAUCUCCAACAGGCUAUCGUCAUCAAAUCAGAGGGCUCGUUUCCUGGGCAUGGUUAUUGGCGAAGGGCUUUCCAGUCUCGUUGAUAAGGGUGAUAAACGCCUGAACUUCCAAGUCGAAGAAAUGGAGGUGCCAGAUGGAAAGUGGUACAAGAGUCUUGUUGAGAUACAGGACACACUUGGCUCAUGGGAUCCGCUACUCAAUCCUCAAGAGCUUACACAAAAAAGGACGAGCUCCAAGAGACCUUCCCACAAGCCAGCACCAACACAGCUUCGGACCCAAGGUUUUAUCAUCGAAGAACUGAGCGAUGAGAGCCUUAGCGAGCAGGAUGAUGUUGUUGGGUACAGCAAGCCCGACUCAGAUGCCGAAGACUCGGAUGACGAUCCAGAAUUGGUCAGGAGAGACAAGGCAAAGGCACCGGUUUAUAUUAGAGAUCUCAUCAGGUGUCUCCGCGACACCGAUGAUUAUGAUCGCCAGAAGCUUGCACUCGUUACCGCCCCAACGCUCAUCCGACGAAAGGCGAAUUAUGGCACAGAGGUUACUGAUCACGCCGAGGAACUCGCAUCUUUACUCGUCGGUCUCCAGGACAAGUUUGAGAUGGACAAAUUUGACGACUUGCGACUGCAAGCAAUGAUUGCCAUCGUCGUUACGCAGCCCCAACUCAUGGGCCCGUGGUUCGCGAAGACCUUCUUUGACGGUGACUACUCGGUGUCUCAGCGAUCUUUGAUCCUCACCGUCUUGGGUCUCAGUGCCCAUGAACUUGCCGGGUUCGAAACAUCCGAGUACGCAGCAGCUGCAUCUUUCCCUUCUAAAAGCCUCCCAGAGAAGAUAGAGAGGCUAUUCAUCAGCCAAGGCCCUUCAAAUGCCUACCAAAGCUCCUCCUCAUCAUUGAAGCCUCUGCCUCACAACGCGCUCGAAAGCGUAGCAACGUCCAUCACGUCGAGCUUCCUUGCGCCCCUUUCAGCAGCCGCUGCCGACUCAGCCACCGGGCCCGAUGUGCUGAAGCUCUCUACCUUCAAGUCCCGUCUUCCCGACCAUGACGACAGCAAUAACGCAGCAACAGCAGAAGAACAACACAUUAGCAACCCCAAAAUCAAAAUCAAGUCCCGCACCAAGCCGCGCAUCCGCGCCAUUCCCAACACCACUGCUCAAAUCAUCUCCACGUCCUUUUUCGACCCUCUCACGGCCCGCUUCCAAGCAGCGCUACAUUCAUCAGUGUCCCGGGUCCGCGGCAUUCUGUUCCAGCCGUUCCUACUAGCCCUCUAUCUCAAGACUCUCGCCCUCCUGCUCCACGCCGCGGGGCCGAGUACCCUCGCUCUUCCACAGAUGACAGGAGAGCUGUGGCGGCUGCUGCUCAGCACAAGCGUGCGCGCGCAAGCUGUGGGAGACGUCGGCAUCACGCAGGCGGUCUUGUUUGGCUUGUUAACACUGCUGGAUGUGAAUGAGGACCGGAUGAGGGAUGUUUGUCAGGAGUUGGGGAGGGAGGUGGUGGAGACGGAGGGAUGGGUUGCGAGUGUGUUUGAAGGGCUGAGAGGUGGUGAUGAGGGUGGGGAGGAGGAGAGGACGAAGAUGUUGGCUGCGGGAGUUCUGGUGAGGUUGAGGGAAGGGGUGGAGAAGUAUAGAUUGAUGAUGGUUGGGGAUUUGAUUGGGUUGUGAAGGAUGGGCUUUUUGUUUGUAGGGCGGCUUGAGAAGAUUAAGAAAAGGGCGGAGAUGAUGGAGGAUUCGAGAGGUGUGGUGGUCUAGGUGGAUAAAAGACUGUCCUACACUAGAAAUUGAAGGGCUGUGUUGUUUAUUACCCCUAUGGAUUUCCUGUGACCCUGCAGUCGAAGCCUUCAUAACCUCGAUCAAUCAACUCUACCGGAGUGUAAUCCUGCAAUCGAGGUAGAAUGAAUAGAUGAAAGGGAUAACAAGAUGAGCAGCAGUGAAUAUGCGCAAAAAGAUUGUAAUCUAUGGAAGGACUGAGCCAGGAUUCAAACUUAAAACUUCACCUCAUCGGGACCCCGGGCCACUUAACAAAGAUGCAUUCAAGCAGGACCACCAUCUCACACCACUCGGUCACUGAGCCAGGGGCACUGUCUGAAAGUAUCAAACUAGUUCAUAACAAAUUGCCUUAGAUCACGAAAAACACUUCCCUUACG